UAUAUCUGUUGGCAGCACUGUAUUUAAGUUGCGGCAUGAAUGCGGACCAGCUGGAAAAUGCUAAGCCUGUUAUCAGGUUAUUGGGAAAUACACAGUUUAGUUGAUGUUCGUUAAGGGGGGUGCCGUAGCCCAUGCGGGGUCAAGGCAUUCAGUUUCGUCCUUGCAGCAACAGCAGCUGACACUUCGAAAAAGCACGUAGAUCAAAGAGAAGUAAUUUAAAGGUACAAAGAAAUCAUAGAAUAUACAGUAAAUAGUUUGUGACAGUUGUGUAUAGAUAGUCGAAAAGUACGUUCAAAUAGUUAUGAACACUUUCGCAGACGAACGGUAGUUUAUGAGCUUACGCAAUGUGUUCCAAAAUCUUGUCAUGUUAUUGCCUCGGCGUCUUCACACCUAAACAUAGAUUUAACUUUGCGUGCCUCAGGGCAAUGGGAAGCUACAGUGACCGGACUGAGCGCAAACCGAGACCACCCGGAGCCGAAGACUUUGCGGUGAAGAACAUGGCAACUAAAGAUGAGGUGAUUAAUAUGUGGAAAGUGGCAGAUGCAGUUUGUUUCGAUGUUGACUCAACAGUGAUUAGAGAAGAAGCCAUAGAUGAACUAGCUACAUUUUGUGGGAAAGGUGAAGAAGUUGCAAAAUUGACAGAGGAAGCAAUGAAAGGAAGUAUGAAUUUCCGUGAUGCUUUUGCGCGGAGACUUGACAUUAUAAAGCCUCAGAUGUCACAGUUAAGAGAUUUUAUAAGUGCUCGUCCUCAUAAGUUGACACCAGGUAUAAAAGAGUUAGUUGAAGCUCUUCAUCAGAGAAGUACACCUGUUUACCUAGUCUCUGGAGGAAUGAGAGGUCUGGUCACUCCCGUUGCAUUAGAAUUAAAUAUACCACUGGAGAAUGUAUUUGCAAAUCGAUUAAAAUUCUUCUUCAAUGGUGAUUAUGCAGGAUUUGAUGAAAAUGAACCUACCUCAAAAACUGGUGGAAAAGGUGAAGUGAUCAGAAAGCUGAAAGACAAAUAUGGGUAUUCAACUUUAGUAUUAAUAGGUGAUGGAGCUACAGAUUUAGAAGCAUGUCCACCAGCAGAUGCAUUUAUUGGUUUUGGAGGAAAUGUGGUUAGAGAGGCAGUUAAGGCUAAAGCUCAGUGGUAUGUUACAGACUUCAAGGAAUUGCUGGAUGCCCUCCAAGAAUAAUAAAUCAAAAUUUGAAACAUGUUGUUGGUACAGAAGCAAAUAUUUUGGCUGUGAUAAAUGUGAAACGAAUGCUAACAUGUCUGUUGUGAUUUAUUCUUUGUUAUAAUUUGUCAUUGUGUUCUGUAUUAUGAAUUACAUUUUCUUAAACGUAAAUUGUUAUUUACAUUUUUAUAAUAACUAUUAGCCAUCCAUAACAAAUAAAUAAAAAAAGGGGCAAGUCCCUGCAAUAUAUACAGUA